AUGGCGUCGAUUUCAGCCUUUGGCUACCUCCCUCCGUCUCCGCCUCAAUCCACAGCGCUCACCGGAGCUUCAUCCACCAACAGAUGCCGGACGGCUGUGGCUGCUCGAUUAGCCGACCAACCAGACGAAUUCUCUACUCUUCGCUCUUCUGGUGGGAAGUGUGGGUGUGUUGUUAAUUCUGGAGAGUUUGAUCGAAGAAAAGUGUUGGUGUCUUCGGUUGGUUUGUUGAUUGGAGCAUUGGCCUACGACGCUAAAGAUGGAGGAGGAGCGGUUGCAGCAGCUUCCCAAUUCGCUGACAUGCCAGCGAUUAGAGGGAAAGAUUACGGAAAAACGAAAAUGAAGUAUCCAGAUUAUACAGAAACACCAUCCGGUCUUCAGUAUAAGGAUUUGCGAGUAGGAACAGGGCCUAUACCCAAGAAGGGACAAAAAGUUGUGGUUGACUGGGACGGUUACACAAUAGGUUACUAUGGCCGCAUAUUCGAAGCGCGCAAUAAAACAAAAGGGGGUUCUUUUGAGGGGGAUGAAAAGGAAUUUUUUAAAUUCACCUUGGGAUCCAAUGAGGUGAUACCUGCUUUUGAGGAGGCUGUCUCUGGGAUGGCUCUUGGCGGUGUCAGAAGGUUGGUCGUACCGCCAGAACUAGGAUACCCGGAAAAUGACUACAACAAGAGUGCGCCAAGGCCGACAACUUUCUCUGGACAACGUGCAUUAGAUUUUGUGCUGAGGAACCAAGGGCUCAUAGACAAGACCCUUCUCUUUGAUGUUGAACUACUCAAAAUUGUACCCAAUUGA